AUGAAACAAACCUGUGUGAAUCUUUUCCACGAGACCGCGGCCACGCAACUCAAGAGACCUUGGAAGAAGUAUCGUGAUGGUACCUUGUUCUAUGGGUUGACCAAGGCCGGUUCAAAGAGACAUGCAUUGACCACCAAGCAAGGUAACAAGACUUUUUACAAAGGUACCCGUGCCUCUGGGGUGGGUAGCCAUACCAAAUUCGGGGAGUAUGUUAUCAACUGGUCGAAAGUUAGAACUUACGUUGCUCCUGCUAAAGAAACUUGGAAUAAGGAGUUGAGUCCAUUGAUCCGUGAAACCGUGCCAGAAGUGAGAAACAGCUUUGCUGGGUUCAAAGGUCCAUCGGAUCCAAAAUUGUACUUGAAGAAAUUGAACGAGUAUAUCGUCUACGGUCCACAGGAAACCGAGGACCAUGUUAUUAAUGAUAGAAAUGUUGAAAGGGGUUGA